ACAUCGCCUAAUGGAUCGAUGCAGCCUACUUCUCCCCACUGUCGGCUUGACGGAGCCAAGCACUCCAUUGGUGCAGCUACCUAUCCUCCCUUGCCUCUAAGUAUCAGUUGUCUAGAUUCCACCACAAACUCAGGGAGCCACUUCGAAGGGGUCGCAACAACUGAAGCCCGGCAAGGUUUCCCAACCGGAGAACCAAGUGGCGUAGAUUUGUCUCCCAAUAUGGUGCAAGGCCUUGCUUUGCUGCAGAGCAUCGCAGCGGGAGGCGGAUUUCAUCCUUCUCUUCUGCCUCCAACAACGGUGGCUUCUGGUGCUGCUGGGAGUGAGGAGUUCUCAACAAGUGUUACCUCUAAGUUCUCAUCGAUGAAUCAAUUAGACAGACCGGCUAGCCAACUGGUAUCAGAGUAUGCUUCUACGGCCGUUGGAGCAUCUCUGGUUGGUGCUGUUUCGCCGACUUUACCUAGAUCGAGGUUGAUGUAA